CGAACGCUGCUGGGCACGACGCGCGGCGCUGCGCUGCGAGCGGAAGGCCUCCCCGCAGCCGAGCGAGCCCCGCUCUGAAAUCUGAAUCCCCCCCAUGGCGCGGGGCCUCGUCGCUGGUCUCUCUGUGCCGGUGCGUCUCGGCGCCAGCGCCGCGCCGCCCUGCACCGGGCGGGCCUCCGCGCGGCCGGUGGGAGGGCGCGGGCGGCGGCGGGGCCUGAUGGUGGUGCGCGCGGGCGGGCCGCCCAGCACCAACGCGCUCAUCCUGGCCUUCGUGCUGCCGCUCUCCCUCUUCGUCGGCACCCUCGUCACCGCCGCCCGCGUCGCCGACGACCUCGACGACCGCUUCCUGCGGGAGAUGGAGAUCAACAAAGCGAUACUGGAAGAGAACGAGGCUUCUGGUGAAGACGAUGACAGAGAGUACGACGAAGACGAAGGGUAUGAAGAAGAGGAGGAGCAAGCCCCGGUGGAGGAAAAGGAGGCCGUUGUUGUUGGUGCUGCGGUAGCUGCUGCUGGUACACGCACCAGGAACAGGCCGAGAAGACAAGUAUAACAAGAUCCCUGGAAAGAUGCGCGUGAUUUUCCUUCCCCUGUUCUAAGACUUGUGAUGGUCGACUCUCUUGUCUUUUAGGGAAAAAAAAGGGGAUGCUUGCAAGUGUGAAGUUUGACAGGCAGAGCCCGCAUGUUAUAGACAAAACUGCAGUGCAGUAUUUUGAAGUAACUUGUCCUAUAUAGUAUGCGAUCACAGAACGGAAACUUUAACUUGAAUCAGCCUGUGUGUUUGAUGAAGCUAGCGCAGGGUAAACAAGUGGAAGGUACAGCCGCGAUGUAUCACAUUUGCAUUGUGUACCCAACCACUACUGCUUGGUUCA